CUUUAGGCAUAAUUCUUGGCCUUUGAUGUAGAGCUUAUCAAAGAGGUUCUGCAUUUGGACGUUAACGUACAGAAUUAAACGCCUAUACCAUCAAAGCCCACAAGGAGGCAGUAUGCAGCCGAACUGUGUAUGAACCAAUCAGCACAACGGUUUCUUGUGACUGUUAGCCAAUCAGCGCCUUUUAAUUACAGUUUCAAAAACUCACCCGCCAUGAUUGUUUGUACUUUGGGAAGUCUGUACGCCUGUGCGUUAGGCAGCAAGUUUUGUACGGGACAUAUCAAGAUUUUUUUGGUUUGUUUUUUUAAAGAAUAAAUUGGCACACAAAGACGGUAAACAUGGCGUCUCGGUUCGCUCACCUGCGUCAGCGGGACAACAGUGUCUCAAUGUUGAGAGUCAAAAUGUCCCGAAGAAGGUCUCAGUCCCAGAAAGAGAACCGCGAGCGCAUCGUCAACAACCGCAGGCAGCUCGAUGCCCUCCAGGAGCUGGAGAUCUCAGCGCUGGAUGCUUCCGUUGCAAUGGCAAACAUGUCCGUUAUUCAAGAAAAAAAGAAAAACACUCCGCUGCCAAAAAAUGUGGCUGGGGAGGACAGACUUAAGCAGCUUCAGCGUUGGCAAGAGCGCAAGGCUCUUGAGAAAGAAAAGGAACAGAGAGAAAAAGCCCGUAAAGGAGUUUUUAAGACGGGUCUGUAUCGUCCUAAAGAUGCACUGAAUAUUGUCCCUCUGCCUCCUGUCCCAGCUGCCCCUGGGAGAUCUAAGGAGACAAAAACACAUGUAGCUCCAGCCCAGUGUACAAGAGUGACUCGAUCUAUGAGGCAGCAGCAGCCUUUGAAUAUGCAGGAUAUAAAUGCAGCUGGAAAGAAAUCUCAACCUCCCUUAGAAAGGGCUACCAGAAAUCGUGUUGCACCCAAUAAACCAGCCCAGUCUUUGUGCAAAACAAAAGUGGAGCUGGCCACACGUGGGUUGUCCACUAGAUCUGCCAACAAGCCUCCAGUUACAGCGGCUCCUGUGGUGAAAGACAAACCAAAGGACAAGUGUGCAGAUGUGAGGACAACAAGGAGUAAAGAGGUUGAAGUUGCUACACCUCUAACGGAAGAAAAGAUACGUAAUGUCAAAAAUUAUGUUCCAGAGGAGAGCAUUUCUAAACCUGAAAUUGAGAAAGAGCAGAGACAAGAAUGUCCCAGGCCCACACUCCAGACUGAUGAAGAGGAGAUGGUGGUGGAUCAGACAGUCCCUGCGCCUGCUCUUGAUAAUGAGGACCCAAAGUCUUUGCCCAAAGCACCCUCUUUUGCCCCUGAAGGAUUCCUGUUCCAAGCUCCUAAUGGUCUGUCAUCCAUUAAGUUUGAGCCUCUGACCCCUCGCUCAGCAGACGCCUUUCUUACACCAAGCUCCAGCUUUACUCUUCCUCCUGCUCCAACAUUUGAUGAGCCUAAAUCUGAGAAGAGCAAGGUGUCACCUCCAAAAUCCCCUCGCCGAUCACCUCUUUCAGGCCCCACCACAGUAGCUGACACUCAAGUAGAAGAGGAAACAAAGCAUGAUGUGCCAUAUUUCAGAUCAGAAAUUACCAAUGAAACAAAUAGACUGACAGGUCUCUGCACACACUGGGAGUCUAAAGUGGAAGAUGAGUCAAUACCAGAAGAAAUGAGGGACCGUAUGCGUACAGCUGUUGGCCAGGCAAGACUGCUGAUGAAGGAGCGUUUUAAGCAGUUCAGUGGUCUGGUGGACGACUGUGACUUCGGCCGAGGCGAGAAAAUCACAACAUGCACUGAUCUGCAAGGCUUCUGGGACAUGGUGUAUUUCCAGGUUGAAGAUGUAAACAAAAAGUUUGAUGCUCUCAAAGAGGCAGAAGUCCACAGCUGGGUGGAGGAACACAAACCAGUGCCUCGACAGAGAAAAGUAGUAAAGAAACCUGCAGCUGCACCAGUCCCCUCCAAGCCUGCUGGAACAAAGGCAGCUGCAAAGUCUCGUCUGGCUGCAGCAAAAGCAGCAAUGAAAGCCCGACAGCAGGCGGCAGAGUCCGAGAGGACCCAGAGCACAGAGCAGACCUCAGACACCCAGUCAGAGGCCCAGAGCACAGACACUGUGGUUUUCAAAGGAGGCUCCUUUCAAGAUGCAAGCCCAGCCAAACUAUCAGGUUCAGUGAGAAGGUCUAGCCGCCUCAAUGCUGCGGUUCUGCCCCAACCUUCUCCAUCCUCAAACUGUCUCACACCCAGGAGAGUAACUCGACGUUCCCUAGUGUUGGCACAGACCCCUGGUCAAACUAGAACAAUGCAGCAACCCAUGACUACUCCCCCUGCCCCAUAUCCUGUUACCAAAACUCCAGCACCAGUGGAACAGUCUCUGCCUGUCACUCCUCAGCCACAGAGCACAGUCAGUGUGUGUCUGUGUUUUUCUUCUGUAAAAGAAGUGUCUUCAGACCCUAUAGAACAAUCCAAAGACCUGGUUUCUGAAGGUGGACACCCCAUACCCUCCAUUACUGUUGAAGAGCAAGAAGGUCUGGCUGAACACUUGACAUCUGAGUUAAUUCAGGGUCCACAGCUUCCACAUUCUUCUUGUAAAAGCCCAGUUGAAUGUGCAGCCCCAAUGCCGACAUCCCUGAGUUUUACUCUAUCCCCUUGCACUGCCCAGCUGUCCUCCCCGGCAGUGAGCUGCACCCCACGAGCUGUGCAAAACCUCUUAAACACACAGGAUUCUGUGGCAGUCACACCAGACAGUUCAGUUACUGAGGACAUCGGUGUCGAUUUUGAGCGAUACCUGCAGCCUUCCCUGAGAGACAGCUUGUCACCAAGGCAGCCAUUUUCCAUGGAGUCACCCAUGGCGAUGGAUGUAGAUCUGGAGAGUCCCAGAGGUCAAGCUGAGGACUCUGUGAAUGAGCAGGAUGCAGUCUUCACAUCACUGCCCACGGUGCCAACUCUGCUUUCCACUGAGUCACCUCAGACAGUGGAAUCUGCUCUUCUUCUGUUCACCCCUGACCUGAAGAACCAGAUACGGCAGUCUGUGUGUCCAUCUGACCUCAUGGUUUUUACCCCUCCCCAUUUGUAGCAAUGGGCAAUGACUUUUAAGUUUUGUUGUAAAUAGUAUUAUUAUAGCUUUAAAAAAAAAAAUACACAUCUGUAUAUUUUUGUCUUGCAGUAAUGCUCAUUAAAGUUGUUGCUUGAAGGUGA